CACUGUGUGUUUUAUUUACACACCCAACCCAUAGAAAACUCACGAUCUCUGCGGUCUUGAGGAGCCAGAGAGAGAGAGAGAGAGAGCGCGCGACCAAAAAAUGUCCUCCUUCGACGCCUACAGCAUGGACGGCGAAGACAGCUAUGGCGGUUACGGAUCCUACACCAAUUUCGCCGGCGGAUUCCCCGCCGACAGUGAUGUCAGUGUCGAGCACGCUGCUGCCUCGCCGGACGUCUUCGGAUUCGACGAUCCGAGCCCUAACUACUCCCAGGCUCCGUUUGAUCCAAUUCAUGUGGAGAAUGGAAAUGAAAACGGCUAUGGAGUAGCCGAGGAUGAAGUUGGCGACGGCGUUUUUGAAUCGGAUGGUCCAAUUCUGCCGCCUCCCAGCGAGAUGGGGAUGGAGGAAGGAUAUGCUCUUCGCGAAUGGCGUCGCCAAAAUGCCAUUCAACUUGAGGAGAAGGAGAAAAUGGAGAAAGAAUUGAGAAUCAAAAUCAUUGAAGAGGCUGAGGAGUAUAAAAUAGGUUUCUAUGAGAAAAGAAAGCUCAAUGUUGAGAGCAACAAAGUUAACAACAGAGAAAGAGAGAAGUUAUACUUGGCAAAUCAGGAGAAGUUUCAUAAGGAGGCUGACAAACAAUACUGGAAAGCAAUUGCGGAACUAAUUCCCAAUGAAGUUCCUAAUAUUGAGAAAAAGAGAGGCAAGAAGGAUCAAGAAAAGAAACCAUCUAUCAUAGUUGUUCAGGGCCCAAAGCCUGGGAAACCGACCGAUCUUUCAAGACUGCGGCAAAUUCUCGUGAAAUUGAAGCACACCCCCCCACCUCAUAUGAAACCACCCCCACCACCACCUGCCAAGGAUGCCAAAGAUGCAAAGGAUGGAAAAGAUGGUAAAGAUGCCAAAAAUGAAAAAGAUGCAGCAACAAAAGCAUCUGAUCCUGCGCCUGGAGCUGCCACUGCCAAUGGCACUUCUACCAAACCUCAAGAACCAACUGCUACUGCUCCUGCUGCUGAGGAUUAGUUUGCUACAUAAUGACAUAGCCAUAGCCAUUAUCGACUUCAUUUCGCUCAAUACUUUUACUUUUUCUCUUUGAGGUUCCUUUGUUUUCGUUUCGUCUACCUUUCAUUUGAAUGUGUAAUCAGUUGUGAUCUUAUACAACAUUUAUUCUUCUGUACCUUAUGACGGUCUCUAGUGGCAUUAUCUUUUUGGACUUGUCGAGGUUCUGAUUUUGUCAUUGCCACCUUCUUCAAACAUCUUUCAUGAAAUUAUUUCUUCAGGUUAGCCUAUUCAUUUUCUCAA